AUGAAGUUGGUCUCUCUCCUCCCAGUUCUUCUUCUGAUUGGAGGAAUUGCGGCGAAGACCAAUUUUAAGGUAAAUGGGACGUUCUACUGUGACUACAAUGCGUGGUGCUUCUUCGUCACUCUAUGGGAGGAGGACACUAGCGAAUAUUGGAACGAUGUAAUUGAUACAAUGGGAACAAAGUGUGUGUUUGGACGGCACAGUUAUUUCUACGAGCUCGAUGGAACUGAAUAUGAGGAUGGACCUUUCGACAUGGCAAAUACAAGUCUGCUGCAGUCAACUGGUACCAAAACGAAGCCGGACGUUUCUUGGACGAUCAAAACAAUCGACUAUUUUUUGACGGUCAUGGAUCUUGAAAAACACUUCCGCGAUGCCGCACAAAGAGCACAAAGAGAGAAAGAGACUCGAUUGGCAAGACAAACUCGAACAAAAAGGGACAGAGCAGCAAAAAAUUAA